AAGUUGUUUUGAAUUUGCAUUUUAUUAGAAUAAAACUAAUAAAUCUUAUCAAAUUAAAAUAAAUUGUCGGAAAGUUUUACGAUAUAGGUGCACUACAAGUUAUCGCUGUUAAUAAAGUUUAUGUUUGUAAACUAUGUACAACAAUUUGCGUUCCUAACCUGUCUUCACUGUUUGUAUAAGAUUUUAAGGUGUUAAAAUGAGAUUAACUCUUUCUUUGCUCUCGUCAGCUAUCCAGAAAAGGCCGUUUUAUAUAACAACGCCCAUAUUCUAUGUAAAUGCUGCUCCACACUUAGGACAUUUAUACACAGCUGUUGUAGCUGAUGCUAUACAGAGAUUUGAGAAACUCACAAAUCCACAUCUCAAUGUAAUAUUCAGUACAGGCACAGAUGAACAUGGCACUAAAAUACAACAGGCAGCGGCUAAAGCCAAGCUACCCCCAGCGCAAUACUGCGACAACCUCUCUAGAGAGUACAGAGAUCUGUUUAAAGACUUUGAGGUGCAAUAUACAGACUUCGUACGAACUACAGAGGACAGACAUAAGAAAGCUGUGAAUCAUUUUUGGAGGAAAUUAAAGGAUGAUGAUUACAUCUACAAAGCGAAGUAUGCUGGCUGGUACAGUGUCAACGAUGAGGCGUUUGUACCAGAAGCACAGACAAGAACAGAUAUCACCCCUGAGGGAAAAAUCCGCAUAUCAGUGGAAUCGGGUCACAAGGUGGAGUGGACGGAAGAAACCAACUACAUGUUCAGACUCAGCGCCUUCAAGACACAUCUGCAGCGGUGGCUUGAAACUGAUGGUGUUAUCCAGCCGGCCAAGUUUCAACGACAACUCUUGGAAUAUCUGUCAUCGGAGACCUACUUCCCUGAUAUAUCUGUGAGCAGACCAGCUGAGAGAGUUCACUGGGCUAUACGGGUAUCAGACGACGACACACAGAGUAUAUAUGUGUGGUUGGACGCGCUCGUCAACUAUCUGACUGUGACAGGUUAUCCUGAUGAAGACGUGAUGAAGAGCAGAGGAAGACCCUGGCCGGCCGACCUGCAUGUGGUGGGGAAGGAUAUACUCAAGUUUCACGGCAUAUACUGGCCAGCGUUUCUCAUGGCGGCCCGCUGGCAUCCGCCCCGCCGGCUACUCGUCCAUUCUCACUGGACGGUGGAUGGAGGCAAGAUGUCCAAAUCUUUGGGCAACACGGUCUGUCCAAAGACAGUGCCGGCACCCCACGCGCUAAGAUAUAUGCUGCUGAGAGAGGCGACUAUGGCUGAUGACGCUAACUACAGCGAGACGAAGUUCAUCAACAUAGCCAACUCGGAGUUAGCCGAUACUCUCGGUAACCUCGUCGCUCGGAGUUGCGGUACCGUCCUCAACCCGCGCGGCGAGAGACCGCCGCUGCACACCUGCACGCCGCCGCCCGGAGCCACGCAGCUGUUGGACGCGUUACAGAGAUUGCCCGAUACCUGCUACGACCACUACAAGAACUACCAAUUCUACAAAGCGGUAGACGCUGUCAUCAAAGUGUUGCAUCUGACCAACGGGUUCUUUGAGUCCUCCAAACCGUGGGAGCUGAAGAAGAGGCCGGAGUGCCAGAAGGACUUGGACAUAGUUCUGCACAUAACCCUGGAGACGGUCAGGAUAUGUGCUAUAAUACUGCAACCGGUCAUUCCGGAGUUGACCAAGAGGAUAUUGGAUAAGUUGAUGGUACCAGAGGAUUCCAGGUAUUGGCACAACCUACAGCCAACUUGGAGUAUAAACGGUGCUAUAGUCGAAGCGAAGAAUAUCGAAGGCGGAAAAUUCGUCCUCUUCCCUAGGAUCUAUAAAGAUAAAAAGAACCAACAGAAAAAAGCUACCGCGUAGAUAAUUGUUUAAACACUGCGUAGAAGUCCCAUAAACACAAACCCUUUCAUAUAAAAGUAUUUACACAGCAAAUUACUAUACAACAGCUAUACUCAACCUGCGGCCCGCCGGGACUUUUUUUUAA